AUGAAGUUCUUUCUGGCCGCGCUGUUUGCCAGCGCCGUCAGCAGUGUCGCGGUCAAUGGCCUCAUCCCAGGCGCUCGAAUCAUUCCGGUCGGCGACCAGGCCGAGCUGAGACGCGUCGGGGCGCACCAUCACAAGCAUCGGGACCGUCGUACGGUGACUAUUCGGUCGUCGCGCAACGAUACGGAUGAUGUCUCUUCGGAUUUCCUGUGGGGAAUCAAGCGCGCGAAUCGUGGUGGACGGCUGCUCCUGAAGAAGGGAGAGAAGUAUGUGAUCGGAAAGAGACUGGACUUGAACUUCUUGGAUAAUGUUGAGGUCCAAUUGGAUGGAGAGGUCAAGUUCACCGACGACGUGCCCUACUGGCAAGCGAACAACUUCUACUACGAUUUCCAGAAAUCCAUCACCUUCUGGCGCUGGGGAGGUCAGGAUAUCAAGAUCUUUGGAAAGGGAGUGCUGAACGGCAAUGGACAGCGAUGGUAUAAUGAAUUUGCCGGUCAGGAGAUCCUGGAUCCCGACAACGAGUACUACCGACCAAUUCUCUUUGUCACCGAGAAUGCGACCCGGGUGUCCGUAGAAGGCAUUACGCAGCUCAACUCGCCGUGCUGGACCAACUUCUUCGUGCAGAGCAAGGACGUCUCGUUCGACAACGUGUAUAUCAACGCUUUCUCCACGAAUGCUUCGGCUUUACCUAAGAAUAGCGACGGGUUUGACUCGUUCAACGUGGACGGCUUGCGCGUUACUAACACCCGGGUGAACGUCGGCGACGACUGCUUCUCGCCGAAGCCCAACACCACCAACGUCUUCGUUCAGAACCUGUGGUGUAACGGCACGCACGGAGUUAGCAUGGGCAGUAUCGGACAAUAUCCGGGAGUGAUGGACAUCAUCGAGCAUGCGUACAUCGAGAACGUUACCUUGCUGAACGGACAGAACGGCGCCCGUCUCAAGGCCUGGGCCGGCGAAAACGUUGGCUACGGUCGCAUCAACAACAUCACAUACAAGAACAUCCGCAUCGAGAACACCGAUAGCCCGCUGGUGCUUGAUCAAUGCUAUUUCAACAUUGAAGCGGAGGAGUGUGCCGCCCAUCCGUCCCGGGUCAACGUGACCAACAUUGUCUUCGACAACAUCUACGGGACUUCGUCGGGCAAGGAGGGUGCCAUAGUGGCCGAUCUAAUCUGCUCGCCGAAUUCCGUUUGCUCGGGCAUCCGGCUGAAUGACAUCAACAUCACUAGUCCGGCGGCCAGUCCGCCAGUGAUUAUUUGCGACGGAAUCCAGGGUGACAUUGGAGUGGAGUGCCAGUCGAGCAGCUCUUAG